CACUUAAAGUAUGAAAAAACAAGGUUCAGGCCUAGUGACUCUGCUGCUGCUGAUGCUAUUGCUGUUACUAAUUGCCAUGCAAGAUGAUAUCCUCUUCUCAGGAGUGUCAGCCAACAAGGCUGAAGCACCGGAUGAGGAUAUCCAUGGAGGGCAUGGAUCUGGGAAGAGUGGAAAUGGUGAGUGGGAGUAUAACUGGGGAUGGGGAGCAGGUCCUGGAAGUGGAUGGGGAUAUGGGUCUGGAUCUGGAGAGUCACCAGGUGGAAGUGGACAUGGGUUUGGGUUUGGGAGUGGUUCUGGUUCAUCUUUUGGGUCUGGUUCUGGGUCUGGUGGUGGUGGUGGUGGUAGUGGAGAUCAGGGAGGUGGUUUUGGGUUUGGAACUGGACAAGGUGGUGGUUCUGGUUUUGGUGGUGGAUAUGGAUAUCCAGCUCCUGAAUUUGAGGGUUCUGGCAGUGGAUAUGGAUAUCCAGGUUCUGGUGCUGGAUAUGGAUAUCCAGGUUAUGGUGGGGGAUAUGGAGGUUCUGGUGGAGGAUAUGGAAAUCCAGGUGGUGAAUAUGGAAAUCAAGGAAGUGGGUAUGAAGGUGGAUAUGGAUAUCCAGGAAGUAGAAAGAAUUUGGGGAAGAAGGGAGGUGGUAAAAAGUGAAAUGUAUAUAUAUAUAUAUAUAUAUAUUAUAUAACCAAGUGCAUGUAUACGUAGGUUUGGCUUUUGUUAUUAUAUGUAUGGUAUUGGUAUGGAAGGGAGAGUUGUAAGUGAUUAGUUAAAUAAAUAAAGGGUUUGUUUAUGUA